GUUUUUUCCGCUCGAUCAUCGAAACAACAAACCAAGCGGUGCGAGCGGGUUGAGUGUCUGGAACAGACAGCCUCUGACCGCCACUUUCAAACUAACAUCCAUGAAUCUGUCCGGGCUUUUCGUUCAAAACAAUUAGCGCUACUCGACACCGUUACGGAGCUGCAUGUGUGCUGGAUUUAAUCCUGCUGGAAGGUCUUAUGACAAAGGUAUCUGCAUUUGCUGCUAGUUUUGAAGGAAGAUUAAGACUUUGACAAGUUAAGGUGGUCCAGAAGAUGUUAAAGAAAUGAUAGCAGCACCAGAAUUACAAUCGGAGUUUCAUUAUCCCCAGGACACUGACACACGAUUCUCAUCAGAUACUGACUUUGAUGAUUCUGAUGGGAGAAAUGCUGUUCAAGGAAAAGGAAAGGUGAAAAAGGGGAAGAAGGCCCCUGGGGAGAAAGGGAAAGGAGGUGGAAAAGGCGCUGGUCGCUUAAAUGGACACCAUCAAGAGAAUGGCAUGGAGAAUAUCAUGCUGUUUGAAGUUGUCAAGCUGGGAAAGAGCGCCAUGCAGUCUGUCGUGGACGAUUGGAUUGAGUCCUACAAACAGGACAGAGACAUGGCUCUCCUUGACUUGAUAAACUUUUUUAUCCAGUGUUCUGGCUGUAAAGGUGUUGUGAGUGGUGAGAUGUUUCGGCACAUGCAGAACUCUGAGAUCAUCAGAAAGAUGACUGAAGAAUUUGACGAGGACAGUGGAGAUUACCCACUCACAAUGGCUGGGCCACAAUGGAAGAAGUUCAAGUCCAGUUUUUGCGAGUUCAUUUCUGUAUUGGUCCGACAGUGUCAGUACAGCAUCAUCUAUGAUGAAUAUAUGAUGGACACAGUCAUCUCCCUGCUCACCGGUCUGUCAGACUCCCAAGUGCGAGCCUUUAGACAUACCAGCACACUAGCAGCCAUGAAGCUUAUGACAGCUCUGGUGAAUGUAGCACUGAACCUCAGCAUUAACAUGGACAACACCCAGCGCCAGUAUGAAGCAGAGCGAAACAAGAUGAUCGGCAAGCGGGCUAACGACAGGUUGGAGCUGCUCCUACAGAAACGCAAGGAGCUUCAAGAAAAUCAGGAUGAAAUUGAAAAUAUGAUGAAUGCUAUUUUCAAGGGAGUUUUUGUGCACAGAUACCGUGAUGCGAUAGCCGAGAUCCGAGCGAUCUGCAUUGAGGAAAUCGGGGUGUGGAUGAAAAUGUACAGUGAUGCAUUUCUCAACGACAGCUACCUGAAAUAUGUCGGCUGGACGAUGCACGACAAGCAAGGCGAAGUGCGGCUGAAAUGCCUCACAGCUCUGCAGGGCCUCUACUACAACAGAGAGCUCAACGCCAAGUUGGAGCUGUUUACCAGCCGCUUCAAGGAUCGGAUUGUUUCCAUGACACUGGACAAGGAGUAUGACGUUGCUGUGCAAGCAAUAAAACUACUCACACUCGUGUUACAUAGCAGUGAUGAGGUCCUGACAGCAGAGGACUGUGAGAGUGUCUACCACCUGGUGUACUCAGCCCAUCGGCCUGUUGCUGUGGCUGCUGGAGAGUUCCUCUUCAAGAAAUUGUUCAGCCAUCAGAACAUAGAGGAUGACAGCAUGCCUAAGAGACGGGGCAGACAGAGUCUGAAUGCCAAUCUGAUGAAAACUACUGUUUUCUUCUUUCUAGAGAGUGAGCUUCAUGAACAUGCUGCGUACCUGGUGGACAGCAUGUGGGACUGUGCCUCUGAACUGCUGAAGGACUGGGAGUGCAUGAUCAGUCUGUUGCUGGAUGAGCCCCUGCCUGGAGAGGAAGCUCUGACAGACAGACAGGAGACUGCGCUGAUUGAGAUCAUGCUCUGUACCAUCCGACAAGCUGCAGAAUGCCAUCCCCCUGUAGGCAGAGGCACUGGCAAAAGGGUAUUGACAGCAAAAGAGAAGAAAACGCAGCUUGACGAUCGGACACGAAUAACUGAGCUUUUUGCAGUGGCAAUGCCACCUUUACUUGCAAAGUAUUCAGUUGAUGCAGAGAAGGUGACAAAUCUUCUGCAGUUACCACAGUUUUUUGAUCUAGAGAUCUAUACAACAGGGCGGUUGGAAAAGCAUUUGGAAUCACUGCUGAGACAAAUCAGGGACAUUGUGGAGAAGCACACUGACACUGAUGUGCUAGAGGCCUGCUCGAAGACCUACCAUUCCCUCUGCAACGAGGAGUUCACAAUCUUCAACAGGGUAGACAUCGCACGCAGCCAGCUCUUGGACGAACAGGUGGACAAGUUCAAUAAGCUGUUAGAAGACUUUCUUCAAGAGGGAGAAGAACCAGAUGAGGAUGAUGCUUAUCAAGUCCUAUCCACACUAAAGAGGAUCACUGCUUUUCACAAUGCUCAUGACCUUUCGAAAUGGGAUCUGUUCACCAGCAACUAUAAGUUACUCAAUACAGGCAUUGAGAAUGGGGACAUGCCAGAGCAGAUUGUCAUACAUGCACUGCAAUGUACACACUAUGUGAUUCUCUGGCACUUAGCCAAGGUGUCCGAGGGCAGCUGCAAAAAAGAGGAUAUGUUGACUUUGAGAAAGCAAAUGCGUGCAUUCUGCCUGAUGUGCCAGCGAUAUUUAGCCAGUGUCAACACCACUGUGAAAGAGCAGGCCUUCACCAUCUUGUGUGACCUGCUGAUGAUCUUCAGUCACCAGAUCAUAUCUGGAGGGAGGGAAGUGCUGGAGCCGCUGGUUUACUCACCAGAUGCCUCAUUGCAGUCUGAGCUGCUCAGCUUCAUCUUAGACCAUGUUUUCAUUGACCAGGAUGAGGAUAACAGCAGCACAGAUGGACAGCAGGACGAUGAAGCAGGCAAAAUAGAAGCUUUGCACAAGAGACGAAACCUACUCGCAGCUUACUGCAAGCUCAUCAUCUACAAUGUGGUGGAGAUGAAGACUGGUGCUGACAUAUUUAAGCAGUAUAUGAGGUAUUAUAAUGACUACGGUGACAUAAUCAAGGAAACCAUGAGCAAAACAAGACAGAUUGAUAAGAUCCAAUGUGCAAAGACACUCAUUCUGAGCUUGCAGCAGUUGUUCAAUGAGCUGCUGUCAGAUCUGGGCCCAGGCUUUGACCGUUCAUCUUCAGCUUUCUGCGGCAUUAAAGAGCUGGCUCGUCGCUUCUCUUUAACUUUUGGCCUGGAUCAACUGAAGACCAGAGAGGCGAUCGCCAUGUUACACAAGGAUGGUAUUGAGUUUGCCUUCAAGGAGCCAAACCCACAAGGAGAUGGAUAUCCACCUGUAAACCUGGCCUUUUUGGACAUCCUCAGUGAAUUCUCAUCCAAGCUUAUGAGACAGGACAAACGCACUGUGCACAUGUAUCUGGAGCGCUUUAUGACAUUUCAGAUGACAUUGCAAAGGGAGGACUGUUGGCUCCCACUUAUCUCCUACAGGAACUCUCUACAGGCUGGCGGUGAUGACGAUACCAUGUCCGUGGUGAGCGGCAUCAGCAGCCGUGGUUCCACUAUCCGCAGCAAAAAAGCCAAGCCUGUCACAGGCAAAAGGAAACUAUCUGAAGAGGAGAGUAGCAGCAGCGAAGUGUGGCUGAACCGAGAGCAGAGCAUGCCGACGCCAGUCAUGAUGCCUUCUCCACAUCUUACCUCCACAGUCAUGCGUGACCCCAAACGCCUACGGCCUGAAGACAGCUACAUGGGAGUGUAUACAAUGCCAGCUGAGCAGCAGCAACAACAUCCACAGCAACGCACACACCCUUACACACCCCAACCUCACAAUCACCAGACCCCCAUAGACUACAACACACAGGUCACUUGGAUGUUGGCCCAGAGGCAGCAGCAGGAAGAAGCUGCCAGGCAGCAGCAUGAGAGAGCCAUGAACUACGCCAAACUGAGGAGCAACCUGCAGCAUGCAAUACGCCGAGGAUCAGGCCUUAUGGAAGACGACGAGGAGCCAAUUGUCGAGGAUGUAAUGAUGUCAUCAGAAAGCAGAAUUGAGGAUCUCAACGAAGGCAUAGAUUUUGACACAAUGGAUAUUGAUCUGCCUGCCUCAAAGAAUCGACGAGAGAGAACAGAGCUGAAACCAGACUUUUUUGACCCAGCCUCUAUCAUGGAUGAGUCUGUAAGGACCACUCAUUUCCUGGGUUAUGAUGCUUUUCAGCGGUAAUACGGAGGGAUCAAAGCUCCAUUCUGUUGCCAUGAGAGAGCUCCACUAGGUGGCACUAAUAGGGGUGAUUUGUAAUAGACAGCUCAGUUCUACAGUUUACUCCAUGUUGUGGAGUAUCAAUAGCCUCAAUAUAAGAAAUAAAGAGAAUCGAUGGCCAUUUAUUUGGUAACACUGAACUCACUCUGAAUUUCAACAUUUUCUUUUGUAGGCCAUUGUGGUACUCGUGUUUCAGGAUAAAAUGAUAGAGAAAAUCUUUUUUGAAGAAAAAAAACCUUUUCUGUAAUGUUGAUUUUGUAAAAAAAAAAAAAAAAAAAUAUCUAUAUACACAAGAUCAGUGUAGUAACUGGUUAAACAAAAACGUCUAUUCUUGUUCACUAGAGAUGAUAUAGUGGCUUAGAUAUUGAGUAAGCGCUCACUUUUAAUGCAAAAUGUUGGGGGCUGAAUGAAUGCCAUGGAUUGUUGGACUGUUCUUCGCCAUGUAUAAAUAUAUAAAAUAUAUUUCAAAGUUGAACGUCAUCUUGUGUGAAGAAGUGUAUGUGAGCUCUUCAAGAGUUGUGGUAUUUCUUGAAACUGGGGUGAAUGCAUCUUCUUUUUUUUUUUUAACUUAAAGAUAACUAUGUUAUGUAUAGCCCUUUUGUAAUAGUGAGUAAUCAGGUGUAAAGUAGUAAUUUAUAAGCAGGUUAUUGCUCAUCAUAGUGAGUGAUGUGAUAUAUUUUAAACUUCUUAACUAAUAUGUAAAAUGGAGGACAUCCUCCACCUCUUUAUAUCUAGUGUUUAGUUUUGUUCACAUCCCUUUGAGAAAGAUAACUAAAAUGCAGCUAAUAGUGUCUGUUAAUAACAGAGGAAGUUGUCUUCCCAGAUAUUAGAUCCACACCCUUCAAAGAGCAAAACCAAGGAAUCAAAAGGAAAUCUCUGAAAUAGUGCCAUUUUGUUUGUAUUGAAUUAAAAGCAAAUAUUACUGUAGUAAGUCUGCUCCAUUGUUUUCUCCCAUACAUUCAGCUAAACAGUGAUGUAGACAUAUACUUUUAAAUAAGUUUUAAAAAAGUAUCAAUUGGUGCUGAUUUUAUAACUGCAUUUAGGAUUUCUCUUACUUUUAAGCUCCAAUUUAAAAUUAAAAAGGAUUUUAUAUAUGUGUGUGUGUGUGUGUGUGUAUAUAUAUAUAUAUAUAAUAUAUACGUAUAUAUAUACGUAUAUAUACAUAUAUAUACGUGUAUGUGUGUGUAUAUAUAUAUAUAUAUAUAUAUAUAUAUAUAUAUAUAUAUAUAUAUAUAUAUAUAUAUAUAUAUAUAUAUAUAUAUAUAUAAAAGCAUGUAGCCAAGCACCAAUGAGUUUUGUUUGUUUUUUUUUUUGCAUUUUUUAUGGUGUUUUGUUUGUUUGCAUUCCCAGGUUUUGGGGUUUUUACAUUUUCCUAAAUGUAAAUUUGGUUGGUUAAGCUUCACAAUCAGAGUUACUACAUUCAGCUUUAAGUUUUUGUUUGUUUCUAUUCCAGUGUCAAAGCUUCAAUGUAACACGGUGUAAUUCUCCAUUUAAACAUGAACAGGUUUUGUGUUGCUUUUGGGCAGCUCUAUAAAGUUAAAUGAACACAUCUAGCUUGUACUGAAACAUUAUAUCUAAACCUGUUUUGUCACAGGGAUAUAUUUUAAUCAUUCCAUGUCUUGGCCUUAAACAUGCCUGUAAAAACGUUCUCAAUUUUUCAAUAUUAUGUUACUUUUCAUUUCUUGUUUUGUGCAGAUUUCUAAUUAUUUUAGAACAGUGAUUACCAAGCCUGGUCUUUGAGAGCUACCUUCUGCAGUAAGCAGUUUCACCCCUAAACCAACACACCAGCGCCAAAUAAAUCAAUCUACCUGAUUAGCCUGUUUGAUUAGGGCUGGAACACAGUUCUGUAGAAAGUUACAUGUCUCCGACAGGACAGCACUGCUAUUGAAGCCAUGAUCCCAAAUAGCAAGUGUGUAAUUGAGUUAGAAAGUGCAACACAACCUAAAGAACUAUGAAUACAAAGCCUUUGGAAACUGGCACCUGUUUGUCACUCACCACUACAUUGGCAAAACUGCUGAAUAGAUUGUGUAAAUAUAUGUGCAUUUUAACAAAAACUUAAUUUUCUAGUGUUUUUCCCUGUUAAUGUUUAUAAGCCUAUUUACCCUGUUCAAAGAUUUAUGCUGAUACAUAAUUGUUUCCCUGUCCUGUCACUUACUGUACUGUUUCUGAUUUCUAUUUAUCUGGAGACAGUAAGUUUUUGAAUAAAAGUAAACCUCA